AAUGUUCUCCAAAGUAAUGAAGGGAGAAGACCGUUGUUGUGUCAGAUGGGAUUGGCCCACCGUUGCCAUUCGGUGAAGCCGUCCCCAGAUUUUCAGGCAACGAUAUCUACGUGUCUCUUCCCCAGAGUGGCUGAUCCCUUGCUCCACGGAGAAAUCCUUCUCUACUUUCGGUCAUUUCGUGCCCAAUUUUUCCUUUCAUUCAGUUUCAUGGUGGGAAAAUAUACCACUGAAAAGCGGAAAUUGCUACACAGACCUCCAGAAGAGGCACACUGUGUAAUUCAACAAUCCUGGUGUAGUCACUGUAUAUAUAAUUGUACACAUUGUGGGAUCUAAUACGUCCCACCAUUCUUGAUCCAGGUGUCUUCAUUUUUACGGCCCUGUUUCAGCUUAAUUAGCCAAAAAUUCCUUAUUGCUAUUAACCCUAAUGUUUGUUUUCUCGUUCUCCUAUUUGGGAUUUUGAUUCCAACUGAUUAUCAGGAGUUAAGCAAUGCUUAUCUAAUUGAUAAAGGUGCCGUUUUUAUGAGAAAUUACCCGUUUCCCUUCUUGAUUUUGCCAGAGCUCCAAAGGGUUGAGAUAUCAACAAUUAAUUUGUAGCCCAACUAUUGGCGUACACAUUCUUGGGUUCAUAUUUUGGGUGUGCGCUAUUGUUUGAGCAUCGGAAAUGACAGGAAAAAAUGUGGGCAUCUUUUGUAUAAAGUCAUUGUUUUGUCUGUUCAUAGUGACUUCCAUCAUUUUCACUUUUUCUUGGUUUUAUGUGUUGCAAACCACCCAUCAACCUCUACCUGUUGACCUUAGUAUACCAUCCAACUCAAAGCUGCUGUCAUUAGCUCAUGACCAAAGUGACGAUGAAAACUGGGUAAAUGAUGGUUUGGAUGUGAAGGAAGGAUCGGAAUUAAGCAGAUAUGAUUGUAAACCAAAACUAAGGGUGUUUAUGUAUGAUUUGCCCCCAGAAUUUCACUUUGGACUCCUGGGUUGGAAACCUGUGGGGAAGACUGUUUGGCCUGAUAUUAGAAGUGAGGUCCCACCAUAUCCAGGUGGGUUGAACUUGCAGCAUAGUAUAGAGUAUUGGUUGACACUAGAUCUUUUGCAUUCAGAAUUCUUUGACAAUUCGAGUGGCUCAACUGCUGUAAGGGUGCAUAAUUCAAGUGAGGCUGAUGUCAUAUUUGUCCCUUUCUUUUCAUCACUGUGUUAUAACCGGUUCUCAAGGCUGCAGCCACACCAGAAAGUGAGCACAAACACUUUGCUGCAGGAGAAACUGGUCACUUUCUUAACAAGUCAAGAUGAAUGGAAGAGAUCAGGAGGAAGUGACCAUAUAGUCCUCGCCCAUCAUCCUAAUAGUCUCUUAGAUGCACGGAUGAAGCUUUGGCCUGUGAUGUUCAUUCUUUCUGAUUUCGGAAGGUAUCCUCCAAAUGUAGCAAAUGUUCAGAAAGAUAUAAUUGCACCUUACAAGCAUGUUGUAAGAAACUACAUCAAUGAUACAUCUGGCUUUGAUAGCCGUCCAAUUUUGCUGUAUUUCCAAGGAGCUAUAUACCGAAAAGAUGGGGGGUUUGUUCGGCAGGAGCUGUUCUAUCUGCUAAAAGAUGAGAAAGAUGUACACUUCUCAUUCGGAAGCGUUCAAAAGAAUGGGAUAAGUCAAGCUACGCGUGGGAUGCAAACCUCCAAAUUUUGCCUCAACAUAGCGGGAGAUACUCCCUCAUCAAACCGCCUCUUUGAUGCCAUCGCCAGUCAUUGUGUUCCUGUCAUCAUUAGCGAUGACAUAGAGCUUCCAUAUGAAGACGUUCUCGACUAUUCAUCCUUCUGUGUGUUUGUCCGCACAGCAGAUGCCCUCAAGAAGAACUUCUUGGUUAACUUCAUUAGAAGUAUCGGAAAGGAAGAGUGGACUAGAAUGUGGCUUAAACUAAAGGAGGUCGAAAUGUUUUUUGAGUAUCAGUACCCUUCUAAGAAGAAUGAUGCUGUCCAGAUGAUCUGGCAGGCCAUUUCCCGUAAGCUCCCUGCUGCUCAAUUGAAGAUACACCGAAACGGGAGAUUUUCUCGAACUACUACUGUUAUUUGAAUGUUUCAUACUAAGGUAUAUGUUAUCACAUCAUGAACAAUGGCAAUAAUAGUGUGGUACUUGUUGGGGAACAUUACAAAGAUUGAACCUGAAUGCAAGUGUGCAUGAUUAAUUGAUUAUACAAGGGAUGAACAAGAUGCUGCUUGCAAAAUAAACUAGGUUGGUUGGUG